UAAGCCGCGGAAAAAGAUUGUUCAUCAGAAUAUACAUUUCUCGGAAACACACGCUAAACAAUACAGUUCAUUGAUUUAACGAUAUUUGGAUACAUUUAGCUUGGAUUGGUUUUACUUCCUUAUUUGUUAUAAAAUGGAUGGAAUGGUACUGAAGGAAGCGCUAAAAAUAAGCGAUCUGCUCAGCGAAGAAGGAGCUCACUUCCAGAUGAGCACCAAAUACAACGACCAUGGUGAGGAAUUUUUCAUGGAAGAUGACUAUGGAAGCGCAGAUGAGGACGAGGAUGCUCAUCGGAAGAUUAUGAAUCCAUGGGAUAAAAGUUUCGAUGAGUUACGGGCACAAAUGUUUUUAGUUUCGGACGAUGUUUACAAGAAAAUAACAAAGGAGGGCGUGGGUAGCGAUACGGUCCCAGAUCGUGCUCGGGUAACAGUUGAUUACAAUGCAUAUUUUGAGGGGGAAGCCUACGCAUUCGAUUCAACUUCCAUGCGUGGAGAAGUAAAGAUAUUCACCAUUGGAAAAGCAGAAGUUUUGGUCGGUUUAGAGGAAGCGGUAAAAUCUAUGAAACCCAGCGAAGAGGCACAAUUUGUGAUUGGAUAUCAGGUGCUGUUCGGAGAGCUGGGAUGUAAGCCCCGUAUUAAACCGAAAGCAGAUGCAUUGUUUAUUAUAAGAUUGGUUGGGUACACGGAUCCUGGCGAUGCAGAGGCGUUGGAUAAUCUCUCACAGGAAGAGCAAAUGUCUUACGCGUUUGUCAAGCAGAAAGUUACUGAUAUCAGGAACCACGCCAAGGAUUUUUUCAAAAGGAAUAUGAUUACAAAUGCCAUAGGAGAUUACCACAAAGCUGUAUCUUCCCUGGAGCGAUGUAAUAUUAAGAACAAAGAGGAAGAAGACGAGCAGACCGAGACCCUGAUUCAACUGUAUACUAGCCUUGCAGUAUGCUACAAUAAAAAAGACAAUCCUCGCCGUGCCUGCUCGAUGAUAAACGAGAUUCGUCGUCUUGGGAAUAUAGACAAAAUGUCCCGAGCACUAUUCCAUGAAGGGCGUGCUCUGAUGAGUCUUGGGGAUUAUGGAAGGGCUAGAAGUAGUCUCUUGAAGGCACAGCAGCUGGAACCGACCAACAAAGACAUCAUUAAAGAAAUGAAAAUACUCAAUGAACGCUGGGAGAAGCAUCGCCAGGAAGAGAAAUCCAUUUGUGCUCGGGCAUUCGGGUUGAAAGAACGGAAGGAUGAACAACGCACGGAUGAACAGAUAAGAUUCACCGAUACUAUGCGGACCACAUUGCAGGCUUUCAUGGAGGAUGAUAAGAGUAAGCAAUUAACGCUUCCGGAAGGAUUGACCAGCAAAGAGAUUAUAUCCGUACAACAACUGACAGAUGAGUUUAAUUUGAAGCUGAGCCUUUACAAGGACAACAACAAAGGCUUCUACAGGUUGGAAAAGAAACCGACAGUAGAAUAGUGUGCGAGGGGAAUACUAUGUGCGACGUGAGCGUACAGGAGAUAUAUUCCAGUGUCCGCCUGUGUAAUCAAUGUGAACACAUUAAACAGUAACAUUAUUUAACUAAUAGAUCGACCAUGUAAUUUUUUUUAUGGAAAGAUGAACUUUCACCUCAGAUGAUUUUGAAAUA